AUGUCGGUCCCUUACAGCAUCCCUCUCUCCCCUGCCUGUCAAAGGCCACCAUACCCUCCCCCUCGCUUACUCUUUCCCUUGCCCUUUCCCAAGCUCAACCUGCACCCGCCACAUUCACCCGCUUUCCCUUCCCCCACUUUCCCUUCCCCCACUUUCCCUUCCCCCACUUUCCCUUCCCCCACUUUCCCCUCCCCCAAUUUCCCUUCCCCCACUUUCCCUUCCCCCACUUUCCCUUCCCCCACUUUCCCUUCCCCCACUUUCCCUUCCCCCACUUUCCCUUCCCCCACUUUCCCUUCCCCCACUUUCCCUUCCCCCACUUUCCCCUCCCCCACUUUCCCUUCCCCCACUUUCCCCUCCCCCACUUUCCCUUCCCCCACUUUCCCCUCCCCCACUUUCCCUUCCCCCACUUUCCCUUCCCCCACUUUCCCUUCCCCCACUUUCCCUUCCCCCACUUCCCCUUCUCCCCUUUCCCUUCCCCCACUUUCCCCUCCCCCACUUUCCCUUCCCCCACUUUCCCCUCCCCCACUUUCCCUUCCCCCACUUUCCCCUCCCCCACUUUCCCCUCCCCCACUUUCCCUUCCCCCACUUUCCCUUCCCCCACUUUCCCUUCCCCCACUUUUCCUUCCCCCACUUCCCCUUCCCCCCCCACUUUCCCUUCCCCCACUUUCCCCUCCCCCACUUUCCCUUCCCCCACUUUCCCCUCCCCCAAUUUCCCUUCCCCCACUUUCCCUUCCCCCACUUUCCCUUCCCCCACUUUCCCCUCCCCCACUUUCCCCUCCCCCACUUUCCCCUCCCCCACUUUCCCUUCCCCCACUUUCCCUUCCCCCACUUUCCCUUCCCCCACUUCCCCUUCCCCCACUUUCCCUUCCCCCACUUUCCCCUCCCCCACUUUCCCUUCCCCCACUUUCCCUUCCCCUUUCCCUUCCCCCACUUUCCCUUCCCCCACUUUCCCUUCCCCCACUUUCCCUUCCCCCACUUUCCCCCCCCCACUUUCCCCUCCCCCACUUUCCCUUCCCCCACUUUCCCUCCCCACUUUCCCUUCCCCACUUUCCCUUCCCCCACUUUCCCUUCCCCACUUUCCCUUCCCCCACUUUCCCCUUCCCCCACUUUCCCCCCCCCACUUUCCCCUCCCCCACUUUCCCUUCCCCCACUUUCCCUUCCCCCACUUUCCCCUUCCCCCACUUUCCCCCCCCACUUUCCCCUCCCCCCACUUCCUCCCCUUCCCCCCCCACUUUCCCUUCCCCCACUUUCCCUUCCCCCACUUCCCCUUCCCGCACUUUCCCUUCCCCCACUUUCCCCUCCCCCACUUCCCUCCCCCACUUUCCCCCCCCACUUUCCCUUCCCCCUUCCCUUCCCCCUUUCCCUUCCCCCACUUCCCCUCCCCCCCACUUUCCCUCCCCCACUUUCCCCUCCCCCACUUUCCCUUCCCCCACUUUCCCCUCCCCCACUUUCCCUUCCCCCACUUUCCCUUCCCCCACUUUCCCUUCCCCCACUUUCCCUUCCCCCACUUUCCCCUUCCCCCACUUUCCCUCCCCCACUUUCCCUCCCCCACUUUCCCUUCCCCACUUUCCCUUCCCCCACUUUCCCUUCCCCCACUUCCCUUCCCCCACUUUCCCCUCCCCCACUUUCCCCCCCCACUUUCCCUUCCCCCACUUUCCCUUCCCCCACUUUCCCUUCCCCCACUUUCCCUUCCCCCACUUUCCCUUCCCCCACUUUCCCUUCCCCCACUUUCCCCUCCCCCACUUUCCCUUCCCCCACUUUCCCUUCCCCCACUUUCCCUUCCCCCACUUUCCCUUCCCCCACUUUCCCCUUCCCCCACUUUCCCCUCCCCCACUUUCCCCUCCCCCACUUUCCCCUCCCCCCACUUUCCCUUCCCCACUUUCCCUUCCCCCACUUUCCCUUCCCCCACUUUCCCUUCCCCCACUUUCCCUCCCCCACUUUCCCCUUCCCCCACUUUCCCUUCCCCCACUUUCCCCUCCCCCACUUUCCCCUUCCCCCACUUUCCCUUCCCCCACUUUCCCUUCCCCCACUUUCCCCUUCCCCCACUUUCCCUUCCCCCCCCCACUUUCCCUUCCCCCACUUUCCCUUCCCCCACUUUCCCUUCCCCCACUUUCCCUUCCCCCACUUCCCCCCUUCCCCACUUUCCCUUCCCCCACUUUCCCUUCCCCCACUUUCCCUCCCCCACUUUCCCUUCCCCCACUUUCCCUUCCCCCACUUUCCCUUCCCCCACUUUCCCUCCCCCACUUUCCCCUCCCCCACUUUCCCCCCCCACUUUCCCCUCCCCCACUUUCCCUUCCCCCACUUUCCCUUCCCCCACUUUCCCUUCCCCCACUUUCCCCUUCCCCCACUUUCCCUUCCCCCCACUUUCCCCUCCCCCACUUUCCCUUCCCCCACUUUCCCUUCCCCCACUUUCCCUUCCCCCACUUUCCCUUCCCCCACUUUCCCUUCCCCCACUUUCCCUCCCCCCCACUUUCCCCUCCCCCACUUUCCCCCUCCCCCACUUUCCCUUCCCCCACUUUCCCUUCCCCCACUUUCCCUUCCCCACUUUCCCUUCCCCCACUUUCCCUUCCCCCCACUUUCCCUUCCCCCACUUUCCCCUCCCCCACUUUCCCCCCUCCCCCACUUUCCCUUCCCCCACUUUCCCUUCCCCCACUUUCCCCCCCCCACUUUCCCCCUCCCCCACUUUCCCCUCCCCCACUUUCCCUCCCCCACUUUCCCUUCCCCCACUUCCCUUCCCGCACUUUCCCCUUCCCCCACUUUCCCUCCCCCACUUUCCCUUCCCCCACUUUCCCCCUCCCCCACUUUCCCCUCCCCCACUUUCCCUUCCCCCACUUUCCCCUUCCCCCACUUUCCCUUCCCCCACUUUCCCUUCCCCCACUUUCCCCCCCCCACUUUCCCCUCCCCCCACUUUCCCUUCCCCCACUUUCCCUUCCCCCACUUCCCCUUCCCCCACUUCCCCUUCCCCCACUUUCCCUUCCCCCACUUUCCCCCCUCCCCCACUUUCCCUUCCCCCACUUUCCCCCCUCCCCCACUUUCCCUUCCCCCACUUUCCCUUCCCCCACUUUCCCUUCCCCCACUUUCCCUUCCCCCACUUUCCCUUCCCCCACUUUCCCUUCCCCCCUUUCCCUUCCCCCACUUUCCCUUCCCCCACUUUCCCUUCCCCCACUUUCCCUUCCCCCACUUUCCCUUCCCCCACUUUCCCUUCCCCCACUUUCCCUUCCCCCACUUUCCCCUUCCCCCACUUUCCCUUCCCCCACUUUCCCUUUCCCCACUUUCCCUUCCCCCACUUUCCCUUCCCCCACUUUCCCUUCCCCAUCCCACAACCUCCAUCCAUACCUUCCCGCUCCCACGCGCGUCCACUCGCAGGAGUCACGAACGACGACCGCGAUCCGAGCAUAG